AUGGAUGAUUCAUUCUCGGAUUCGUGGACGAGCCGGACCGUGGACGAAAAAGAUGUAGAACUCGACAUACGUCCCCUGGCCAGCAAAGAUGGCCUGCUCAUCAAAAUCCAGCCUCAACUGGAGCCAACGACAAAGGACCGUACACCAGUCGAUAUCGUACUCGUCAUUGACGUGUCUAAUCGCAUGCAGACCGAGGCGCCAGCACCAGCAGAUGAGAACCAGGUCGCGGAGCGGUUCGGAUUUACGGUGCUGGACCUUGUGAAACACGCCUGCGUGACCAUUGUCGAGACUCUGAGGGAGAGUGACCGGCUCGGCAUUGUGAUUUUUGCAGGGACGGCUCAAGUCCUGCAGCCGCUCACCGUCCAGGACACCAGCGACACGGGGCCAAGCGCUAAGAGGCUGAGUGUGACUUUUCUCAGAGGCCUGCGGAUUCUCAGCAACAUGUCGGGCAGUACAAACAUGUGGGAUGGCGUCUGCAAGGGGCUGGAGCUGUUCCAGACGGGCCAGGACGGCACCUAUCGUGUUCCCGCGCUGAUGCUGGUGACGAACUGCAAGCCCGACUACGUGGAGCAGCAAGGUUGGGUGCCAAAGCUCAAGUCCAUGAGACCCCUGCCGGCGCCGAUCCAUACCUUUGGCUUUGGCUACGACGUCAGAUCCGACCUGCUCAAGUCCAUCUCGGAGCUUUCGGGAGGACACUACGCCUUCAUGCCAGAUCCGAGCAUGAUUGGCACCGUUCUCAUCCAUGCCAUGGCCAACAUCCAGAGCACUGCCGCUACCGAGGCUUGCCUCACCAUCAAGGGCGACCACCUCAAGCUGGCGAGCCCCUUUCUGUCCACGGCUCUUUUGCGCGAGACUCCUUCUUCGACCCCAGAUCCGAACAAGAGCACCAUCUACAGCAUCAACAUCUCCCUGGGCAGCAUUCAGUUCGGCCAGUCUAGGGAUAUAUACCUGGCAUACGAGCGUCACCCGCCCGAGGACUGCAUCAUCGAGGCCAAGCUCACCUUUUGCGACCUGUCUGGCACCCAUCGACAGGUAGACACCAAACGCAGGGCCGGCAGCCUUGUCAACCUCCCUCCCGCCGAGGUGGCGUACCACGUAUCCCGCGCCCAGAUCUGCCAGUUCAUCUCGUCGCUGUUUCCGAUCGACACUUUCACAGGCCAGAUCCGUCACCAGCUCGAUCUGGCCCGCUCCACACUCCCGCUGCUCAAGAGGGACAUGGCCGCGCGGCUCUUCGCAGACGACGCCGACUGCGCCUCGCUCGUGGCGGACCUGGAGGGUGCACCGCCGCGCGGACAGAUCUCGCUGGCGCUCGGCAGUCCCGGCAACCAGAUGCGCUGGGGAGGGCACUACCUCCUCGGCCUGCUGGACGCGCACGCCAGCCAGGUCUGCAGCUCGCACAAGGACCAGGGUCCGCUGCGGUACGGCCGCGACAGCCCGGUCUUCAGGCGCUGCCGCGACGCGCUCGACGCAGCCUUUGACUACGUCGACGCGACGGAGCCCAGCAUCGACGUCGACGCCGUUCUCCCGCCCGUCGCUCCGCCCUUCGCGCCGCAGCGGGCAUACAGGGACUCGACGGCCGGGUCGUUCGGGUCCGUGCCGGAGAUAGCCCGCGCAAGGAGCUGGUGCGAUAACGUCGACCACUACAUGACCCUCGGCUCGCGCUUCAACCAGAGCUCGAUCCCGUGCUUUGCCGGCCUGACCAUGGUCAGGUUGGCCGGCGGCAGCGGCGGGGUCGUGCCCAUCUCGUGGCUGCGGGCUGGUAUCAGUGUCGCCACCCCCGUGGGCCCGCGCGCCGUCCAGCGCGUCCUCAGAACGCGCGUCCGCGACGAGGUCAUGGUGCGUCUGCCGGGCGGCGUGGUCGUCACGCCCUGGCACCCGGUCAAGAUGGGUGGCGACGGCGCCGAGUGGACGUUCCCAGCAACCACCGCAGCCAGCACCGCCAUCACCUACAGCGGCUUCACGUACUCGCUCCUGCUCCUCGAGGCCGACUCCUCAUCCCAAGACGGCAAAAAGGACCGCGUUGCCGCAGCCGAGCAGCACGCCUUUUGCGUCGGCUCGGGCGGCACGUGGGCCGCGGCGCUGGGCCACCGCAUCGUCCAGGGCGGCGACGCGCGAGCGCACGAGUUCUUUGGCGACCGGGACGCGUGCAUCGAUGCCCUGGCGAUACUGCCUGCGCUCGAGGGCGGCCUGGCAACCUCGGCGGGUGUGUUGCGGUCCGCGACGACGGGCAGGGUCGUUGGCUUCCAAGUGCCGGGUGACGGCGUUUGA